CAACAGCGAAGUACCUAUACCGCGCACCUAGUCGGUCGGCGAAAAAUCAAAAAGUCCUCCAUAUUUGUUUGUGCGAUAUUUCGCUAGUGUUUAAAAUUUAUAAUAAGAGUGUGAAUAAAAUUCAACACUGUGGCUAAGGUGACGCCGUUCCCGAGUAUGACUUAUUCCGGAAGGAAUAAAUUUGAGAUUGCUCGAUUUUCGAGCGAUGACGAAAACCACAUAAACAAAAAGCUGCCGAAGGAAUUACUGCUGAGGAUACUCUCGUAUUUGGACGUCGUUUCGCUUUGUAGGUGCGCUCAGGUGUCAAAACUAUGGAACAUUCUCGCACUGGACGGCUCCAACUGGCAGAGGAUAGACUUGUUCGACUUUCAAAGGGAUGUCGAGGGUCCGGUAAUAGAGAACAUCUCUCACCGCUGCGGCGGGUUCCUGCGCCAGCUGUCGCUGCGCGGCUGUGAGAGCAUCGCCGACGGUUCCAUCAAGACUCUUGCGCAGUCGUGCCCGAACAUCGAAGACCUAAACCUGAACAAGUGCAAGAAGCUGACGGACGUGUCGUGCCAGGCGCUCGGCCGGAAGUGCAGCAAGCUACAAAAGAUAAACCUCGACUCGUGUCCAAGUAUCACUGACAUAUCGCUGAAGGCGCUGUCGGACGGCUGUCCGCUCUUAACACACGUGAACGUGUCCUGGUGUCAAUCGAUCACCGAGAACGGAGUGGAGGCGCUCGCGAGGGGCUGCCCCAAGCUGAAGAGUUUUAUAUGUAGAGGAUGCAAAAACGUGAACGACAAGGCGGUGUCCUGCCUGGCGACGUACUGCCCGGACCUGGAGGUGCUCAACGUACAGGGCUGUGACAGCCUGACGGACGAGUCGGUGAGCCGGCUGGGCGGCGCGCUGCGGCGGCUGUGCGUGUCGGGCUGCGCGCGCCUGUCGGACGCGGCGCUGGGCGCGCUGGCGGCGCGCUGCCCCGACCUCGUCACGCUGGAGCUGGCGCAGUGCGCGCAGCUCACCGACGCCGGCUUCCAGGCGCUCGCGCGGAGUUGUAGGAUGCUGGAGCGGAUGGACCUGGAGGAGUGCGUGCUGAUCACGGACGCGACGCUCGUCCACCUCGCGAUGGGCUGUCCGCGACUCGAGAAACUGACGCUGUCGCACUGCGAGCUGAUCACGGACUACGGCAUCAAGCAGCUGUCGCUGUCGCCCUGCGCCGCCGAGCACCUCUCCGUCCUCGGUCUCGACAACUGUCCGCUGGUCACGGACGGCGCGCUCGAGCACCUGAUCUCGUGCCACAACCUGCAGCUCAUCGAGCUCUACGACUGCCAGAUGGUCACCAGGAACGCCAUCCGGAAACUCAGGAGCCACCUGCCGCGCGUGCGCGUGCACGCGUACUUCGCGCCCGCCACGCCGCCCGCCGCCGCGCGCCCGCGCCCGCGCUACUGCCGCUGCUGCAACAUCAUCUGAGCGCCCCCCCCGCCCCCCGCCCCGCGCGGCGCCAGGCGGCGGCCCGACGCGAUUUGCGAUGCUUUAAUAUAGAUACUAGUGAGGUCUGGGGCCGGAGACGAUAUCGUUCUGUCGACGGCUCCUCGAUACUGUCCCGAA